AUGCCGUUAUUUAAUGGGGAUCAGAAAAAAGGUCCUUUGCUGUCGGUUAAGAAAAAUAAGAGUGGGACGGCCCAGGAACCUUUCUGGCUUCAGUCACUCAUUAGUGACAUAUCCGUUGGGAAAGGAUAUCAGAAAAUAAAAGAUUAUUUUCAACAGAGAGAGAGCCGUGUUCCUCAAAAAUAUAAUCAUCUUCUACUGAACCAGCUUGACAGAUCAAUCAACAAGGAACUGGAUGACGGUGAAUUUCAGCAUGUUUCACUGUUGCUGAAAUGCAUUCAGCAGUUCUUCCUAGAUGGCCUCAAAGAAGAUGAGCCUUUGCUCAUUCAGCAGGGACUGAUUCCAAAGAUGGUUUCCUGGCUUGAAAGAACAGUAGGAGUUCUGACCAAGGAAGACUUAGCCUCAGACAUAUCCCUGAUCACUACCAUGGAAGACUUCUUUGACACUGCGUUGAUUAUUUCCAGGAGGAGUAGUAAAGGGAAAAUUCAGAUGCUGGAUUCCUUCAUAUUUAGUCUAGGAUCCCUGGUGACAGAAGAGACUCUAAAUCGUUUGAUUGGACAGGAGGCUUUGAGGACCUUGAACUGCAUUUUGGAGGCUGUGCCUCGGGAAGAGAGAAAAAAACUCGCUUUGCUAGAAGGCACGCACCUUUUUAUGAAAGACCUUGCAAGGACAAUUGUGACUGUUGGUGAUUAUGACCAGCAGGCUGCUGUUUGUGAAACAUUAUGUAGACUCGUGACUAAACACCAAAGGGAUGGCUUUGUACAUCAGUGGUUUGAAGAUGAUUUCAUCGCAGAAGCUUUCACAGAAAUUAAGGACCGAGAAUUUGAGACGGACUGUAGACAGUUUCUCAAUCACCUGAAUGACAGACUUGGUGACCAAAGGAGGGUCUGUUCAUUUCCGUGUAUCGCUGCUUUUGCUGAUGGACAUGAGAUGAGAAAACCGGGAAGUGAAAAAUUAGAGAAAUUUUGGAUUGAUUUCAACCUAGGAAGUCAGAGCAUAUCAUUUUAUAUAGACAAUGCCAAGAGUAUUCUGUGGGACUCGGUAAAAAUUUUCAAGGAAGCGGUGGCUUAUUUCAGCAUAAUAGAAACGGAGAAGAUGAAGAUGCUCGUUAUUUACCUAAAGAAGCCUGUGAUUAUCAGCGAAAAAGAAGUGAUGAAAACAGAAAUCCAUUUUGAGUUGGAAUUCAGCAUAUCACAAGUUGCCAUUAAAGCUUUAGGAGAAGACAAUCAGAUGUUGCCUGAACAGAAAGAAGUUUCCUCAGAAUUUGUCGGUAAGUUUGAAAAAGAAGACUGAGAUUCCUAGCUACCAUGAAAAAAGAGAACAGCAGAGGCAGAAGAAUCCCCCGAUCCAGAAGAGUUAAUGAGUGUUGGAGGUGACCGCUGCCUAAUAACUCUUCGUAUUAAUGGCCAGAAUGAGCCGGCUUUUAAUUAUAGGGAACAUCUCUUCUCUGAGAGCUGUCAAGAUUCAAGUACUAAUUCCAGUGAAAUAUCUUGGAUCAGUAAACCAAAAAGGAAAUCCCUAAAAUCAUAUUCCAGUAGAAAAAAGAAAAGAGCCAGAAGCACCUUAAAAGUUUUGCCACUUUCCCCUGUCAGGAGUGGCAAUGUUCAGGAGGAAGACCAAAUUGGAAACCAAAAGUCAUUGAUGACCAGCUUCAAACGUAAACUGCAAACUUUGGAAGACAGAGGUAGGGGACAAGUGUCACUUGCUGCUCAUCAAGGUUACAUAUUAAUUAGUGAAAAGACCCAGUGUGGGUCAGAGGAAGGUGCGCGUGGUCACCAAUGUACCAUCUUUGCUUUAGAUGUAUCAGAUAGUGGUUUCGUGACGUCGAAACAGUCAAAACUGGACGACGAUGAUGCGCCGGGAUCCCUUUCCUCAAUGGCAGAGGAAAAAGACGUGGCAGAAGGGAUUUCUGUUCCAUCUUUAGAAGUUUUGCCAGAGAACUUGGAUGGUUCUGCUAUCAUCUCAACCUUUGAAAACAUCAUCAAAGAUCUGAAAAAGAAAUACGAGCUUCGGCACAGAAAGAGUCAACUUUCUUCAGAAAGUGGAACCAAAGCUCCGGAUUGCCUAACAAAACUGUUACAGCAGAUACAUCAGUGCAGACUGAAUAAACUACAACAGUUUCACAAUUUUGUUCUUCGAGAGCUGAGCUACCUUGAGAAGGAUAUUCAGGUUCUGAAACGUCUUGAGAAUGAUGUUCUGGAAUUUUGGAGGAAACAGUCUGCUGAUUUGAAAGUAUUCUGUGAUAUGUAACCUGCGCUGUGA